GCUAAAUGUGGUAAAGCCAGGUCUUGUAGCCUUCAUUAUCCUUCCGCGCAACAGCGCAAAGAGUGAAGGUAAGCCGGAGAGCAAACAGAGCAAGCGAGCAGAAAGAGCGAAGCUCGAAGCAAUGGCCGGAGAGACCAUUAGAGUCACGGCCUCUUGCGGCCACCGUGUCCAACCUCCUUUUCUUCCCUCCUCCCGUCGCUUCUGUUUCUUGGCCUCUGCUCAACCCCGAGGGGCCUUGGCUUCUGGUUUCCUUGGCGCUGGCCUCCGUCUCAGAUCGAGGUCUAAGCUUACGGCCUCUCAGGAACACCGGAGGAAGCUCUCCGUUGUCGCCAUGGCGGGGGAUGAUUCAAAACGUGCAAUACCAUUGAAGGACUACCGUAAUAUUGGAAUAAUGGCUCACAUAGAUGCAGGAAAAACUACAACAACAGAGAGAAUUCUCUACUACACUGGUCGGAAUUACAAAAUUGGUGAGGUCCACGAAGGAACAGCCACAAUGGACUGGAUGGAACAAGAACAGGAAAGAGGCAUCACCAUAACCUCUGCAGCAACUACCACCUUUUGGAACAAUCACAGAAUAAACAUUAUCGACACUCCUGGCCAUGUUGAUUUCACACUUGAAGUGGAGCGAGCUCUCAGAGUCUUGGAUGGUGCUAUAUGCUUGUUUGACAGUGUGGCUGGUGUUGAACCACAAUCUGAAACUGUUUGGAGACAAGCCGAUAGGUAUGGUGUUCCAAGAAUCUGUUUCGUCAAUAAAAUGGACCGUCUUGGAGCGAAUUUUUUUAGAACAAGGGACAUGAUUGUCACAAACCUGGGAGCGAAACCCCUUGUUCUCCAGCUACCAAUUGGCUCAGAAGAUAGUUUCCGGGGAAUUGUUGACCUCGUAAGAAUGCAAGCUGUAAUCUGGUCUGGUGAGGAAUUAGGUGCAAAAUUUGUAUAUGAGGAUAUACCUGCUGACCUCCAGGAAUUGGCUCAAGAAUACAGAACGCUGAUGAUAGAAACUGUAGUUGAGUUAGAUGAUAGCGCCAUGGAAAACUAUCUGGAAGGAGUUGAACCUGAUGUGGAAACUCUUAAACGAUUAAUUAGAAAAGGAACUAUAGCUGGUAAUUUUGUGCCAGUUUUAUGUGGUUCUGCAUUUAAAAAUAAAGGAGUGCAACCGUUGCUUGAUGCUGUUGUUGAUUAUUUGCCUUCACCUAUUGACUUGCCACCAAUGAAGGGUUCUGAUCCUGACAAUCCUGAAUUGACUAUUGAGAGACUGCCAGGUGAUAAUGAACCAUUUGCAGGACUGGCUUUCAAGAUCAUGAGUGAUCCAUUUGUGGGAUCCCUUACAUUUGUGAGAGUAUAUUCAGGAACAUUAUCUGCCGGGUCUUAUGUCCUCAACUCGAACAAAGGGAAGAAAGAAAGAAUAGGUAGACUUCUAGAGAUGCAUGCAAACAGUAGAGAAGACAUUAAAUCAGCUCUGACAGGUGAUAUUAUUGCUCUUGCGGGCUUGAAAGAUACAAUAACUGGUGAAACACUAUGUGAUCCAGAGAAACCUAUAGUGCUUGAAAGAAUGGACUUUCCGGAUCCUGUUAUUAAGGUUGCAAUAGAACCCAAGACAAAAGCGGAUGUUGAUAAAAUGGCAGUUGGACUAAUCAAGCUGGCUCAAGAAGAUCCAUCCUUUCACUUUUCAAGAGAUGAGGAAAUCAACCAGACAGUCAUUGAAGGAAUGGGAGAGUUGCAUCUUGAGAUUAUUGUCGAUCGACUGAAAAGGGAAUUCAAAGUUGAGGCAAAUGUCGGUGCCCCUCAAGUCAACUACAGAGAAAGCAUCUCAAGAGUCUCAGAAGUGCAAUACAUCCACAAGAAGCAAUCUGGCGGUGCAGGGCAGUUUGCAGACAUCACAGUGAGGUUUGAGCCUUUGGAAGCAGGAAGUGGGUAUGAAUUCAAGAGUGAAAUAAAGGGUGGGGUAGUGCCAAAAGAAUACAUACCAGGAGUGAUGAAGGGAUUGGAGGAAUGCAUGUCCAACGGUGUUCUAGCUGGCUAUCCCGUUGUCGAUGUUCGAGCCGUACUAGUUGAUGGUUCUUACCAUGAUGUCGAUUCCAGUGUCUUGGCAUUUCAGCUGGCAGCAAGAGGUGCUUUCCGCGACGGAAUGAGGAAGGCUGCUCCAAAAUUGCUGGAGCCUAUCAUGAAGGUUGAAGUCGUCACCCCCGAAGAGCACUUGGGUGAUGUUAUUGGUGAUCUGAACUCAAGAAGAGGCCAGAUUAACAAUUUUGGUGAUAAACCUGGCGGUCUCAAGGUAGUUGAUGCAUUGGUGCCUCUGGCCGAGAUGUUCCAGUAUGUGAGCACUCUCCGAGGGAUGACGAAAGGGCGAGCAUCCUACACAAUGCAGCUGGCCAAGUUUGACGUUGUUCCUCAACACAUUCAAAACCAGCUCUCCUCGAAACAAGAGACUGUUUCAGCUUAGUUUUGAUUGAUGGUUUGGAAGCUGGAGCAUUAAACUGGAGUAUGAACUUUCUAGGGUUUUAAUUUAUACUUUUUCCCUCAAAUUUUCAGUUAAUAUGAUAUCAGUUUGUUUAUGCUUUCAUUGUAACAUUCCUAUUUGAUUGAUGGUGUAAUAAGAACUUCUGAGGGCUAAUAAAAUGUCCCUGUUUGCAUCAA